ACCCGGUAUAUAAGUGCCCGAGCCAUUGCUCAGCGAAUCCACUCGUCCUCCCCGAAGAGACAAGGGAAUUUUCACCAUGGUGGCGAACUUCAAGGUCUACAAAAAAUGCUCGCCCAACGGCAAGCUCGCCGUCUAUCUGGGCAAACGCGACUUCAUCGACUACCUGUCCGGCACCGAGCCGAUCGACGGGGUAGUCCUGGUCAGUCCGGAAUACGUGGACAGCGGCAGGAAGGUGUGGUGCCAGCUGCUGUGCAGCUUCCGGUACGGCCGCGAGGAGGACGAGGUGAUGGGGCUCAACUUCCAAAAGGAUCUCUUCUUGGCGUCGGAGCAGAUCUUCCCGCAGAUGAAGAAGCCUGAAUCCAGUCCUACCAAGCUGCAGGACAGGUUGCUGAAGAAAUUGGGCUCGAACGCGGUACCCUUCACCUUCGCGUUCCCGCAGAGCGCGCCGUGCAGCGUGACUCUUCAGCCCGGGCCGGAGGAGACCGGCGAGCCGUGCGGCGUGAGUUACUACGUGAAGGUGUACUGCGGCGAGACGGAGACCGACGUGACCCACAAGCGCAGCACCGUCCUCAUGGGCGUCCGCAAGAUCCAGUACGCGCCCACGAAGCAGGGCCGCCAGCCGUGCACCGUGGUGCGCAAGGACUUCCUCAUGAGCCCGGGCGAGCUCGAGCUCGAGGUCACCCUGGACAAGCAGCUGUACCAUCACGGCGAGAUGAUCGCCAUCAACGUGUGCGUGCGCAACAACAGCAACAAGGUGGUGAAGAAGAUCAAGGCGCUGGUGCAGCAGGGCAUCGACGUGGUCAUCUUCCAGAACGGCCAGUUCCGGACGGUGAUAGACGCGAUCGAGACGCAGGACGGCUGCCCGAUCGACCCCGGCUCGAAUCUGCAGAAGGUGCUCUACCUCAAGCCCACCCUGGUGAACAACAAGGAACGCCGCGGCGUCGCCCUCGACGGCCUGAUGAAGCGGGACGAGGGCGAGCUCGCGUCCAGCACCCUGCUCACCUCGCCGGACGUGCGCGACUCCUUCGGCAUCAUCGUGUCCUACGCCGUUAAGGUGAAGCUCUACCUGGGCGCCCUGGGCGGCGAGCUCACCGCCGAGCUGCCGUUCAUCCUGAUGAGGCCCAAGCCGUCCGAUCGGGUCAAGCUAGUCCCGACGGACAGCGUGCUGAUCGAGGACAUCCCGCACGAGAAGGCCGACGAGAAAGUCGCUUUCUAGAUCAACAUUUCAGCGUCCUGCGGGAUCGUCGCCCGAGCCACCGCUCCAAUCGCUUCUCGCGCCCGACUUUCCGAUUAGCGUAUCGAGGAUGCAGAGCACAGAGUACGGCGCUGACAUCCGAAAGGCAUCUAAAGAGCGUCGCGACACGUCGAACGUACCUACUGAUAUCUCCCAGAACUCGUCUCGACUACUGAUAUUGCCAGUCGAAUCGAUAUCUCUUAUCAUAAAUACAUCGCAACAGAUAUAAACGAUGCUAAUUAAUGCGAGGCUACUUUCUGCACAUGAAUCAUGUAAAAAGCGCCGGAUUAAUUAAUCCCGCCGACAUUUUCGAACACGUUUGUAGUUUAUUUACAUAAUCUCCCCCCCCAGUUUAUUUAUACGCAUAAGCAGCCUAUCUCGCGUUAAUUAAUUUUCAGGAAAUAGCCUAUCGGACGCGUACGCGUAGAUUGUUGCGAUACAAAAUGCGAAAUUGUAACGAGCAUCCAGCCGCACCUGCGGGGUAAUUAAAUUCUUUAAUCUCCCCGCGCGAGGCCCGCGACUGAAGACUCGCGUCAGGGUGUCCGUCCGAUUCCCUUCCCCCCCUCCCCCAAGUGCGCUCUUAAAUUUAGUCGUACGGUCGCUACGAAAUGUACAUACUUUGUUAGGUCAAUAAAGGACAAGCGUUUCUUUCUCGGUUA